AUGGAGUCAUACCUUGUUGGUGAGGAUUUGUGCGAUGUUGUUAAUGGAAGUAACACAAGUCCUCUUGCAGACGAACCGAAAAAUGGCGACGCAUGCAAGAAGUGGAAGCAGAUUAAUGCAAAGGCAGAAUUCAUCCUAAAGAGGUCCAUUUCUCACAACUUGUUUGAUCAUAUUAUUAGGUGCAAAUCAGCUCAUGAGAUAUGGAGGACCCUCGAUCGGCUGUUCAAUAAGAAGGAUGAAGCCCGACUACAUAUAUUGGAGAAUGAAUCGGCGAACACCACUCAAGGUAAUCUUUCUAUUACCGAGUACUUUUUGAGGAUUAAGAACUUAUGUUCAGAAAUCUCUUUAUUAAAUGCGGACGAGGCUAUCCCUGAAGCACGAAUGAGAAGAAUUAUUAUUCGUGGUUUGAAGUCAGAAUAUAUUCUUUUUGUUACAUCAAUUCAAGGAUGGGCUCAACAACCAUCCUUGAAGGAGUUUGAGAAUCUCUUAUCAUCACAGGAGCUACUAGCCAAACAGAUGGCUAGUGUGUCUAUCAAAGAAGGGGAAGGAAAUGCUCUUAUAGCUAACAAGAGGAAUUUUAAAGGAAGACAAAAGCGAAGUGGCUCAAGAGAGAUGACACAUUCUCAAUUCCAUGAGGGGUCAAGCUCGCCAAGAUAG